AUGGAAGUGUGUCAUGACUUGCCCUACUAUUAUAGACAACUGGAAGGCACUGACAUUUUGUCCAACACUAUAGCUUCCAAUGAAAUCCAGACACCACUGCAAAUCCCAGCACGGAUAACUGCAUCAGAGGACAGAUAUCAGGAAUUCAGGCGAUCAGAUCAAGUGCCUAGACUCCCAUGGGGAACAGAACGGGAAUAUGGCGCUAUGGUGCCAAUUUCACUGCCAGAGGAACACAGACCAAAAUCGGAGCCUCCUCGCUUCUUUGGCAAAGGCCAUAAGCAUUAUGGCUUUGGUGGGGAGCCCUGGCCAAGAGGUGUUCCUAUCCGCCAUUUCUACCAUUUGACUCAGAACAAAAAGAGCAAUCUUUAUGACAGCGACUCCUUGCUUCCCAAACCCCUCAACACCACAGCAGAGCCACUGGACAUGGGGUUUCCUGUUGGACACCCCUAUCAGACCCACAUCUCUCGGUGUGCCAUGUUCCCGAGCUUCACCUCCCCAAAGGAUAUGAACACCGGCCUUGCUGCGAGUGACCAGCAGCCUUUUCCUGCUACCAUGCCCACAGGGUCAUAUGAAACCACCGUUUUGAGGAAAACAAAAGGUAAUCCUUAUCGACAUGAGAUCCUGGAUUUUCCCCCUGACUCCCGAAAGAAAGCUUUGCAUUGGCCUGGGCAGCGCAUGUAUUACAACAUUCCCAAAGUUAUUCACAAGAAUACACAGAUAUUCUACCCCAAACCUCCAAAACUCUUGGCGCCAAACACCACCUUAACGACUUUGGAUCCUUUACUCUCUCUAAAAGAAGCCAACAUACAAAGAAAUCUAGAGCGAUCCCACUGGAUAACAACCUAUGCACAUGAUUUCACAGGUGUGGGUACCAUGGACCCCCUUGAACUGGAUGAUUUUCAUGAAAAGGAGGUAGCCACCUUAACUGGACAGAUAGGAUUUGACCCACCACCACAAGAGCAAUCCCACCCAGAAUUUAUUCCUCCCAGACCUUUGGAGGGCCGCAUUGCACGUAUUUUGCAGGGCCGAAGACCCCUCGAUUCCAUAAUUAUCGAACGGAGGUCACCUUUGUGUCCCGAAUGCACCCCUAGCAGCCUGUGCACGGUCCAUUCUGUGGUGCCCAGUCACUCUGAGAUGAUGCUCGUUAAGGGGAGCACUCCAGAAGGACCUGUGGCCCGCAAGAACCAAAUUUCUGAAAUUGAAGAGAUGAUCCGAAAUGGAGUAAUUCCACCAUCUCCCUAUGCUUUCCCACCUCACUGCAAGACCAAAGAAGAUGCGUACAAUUUCUACAAGAUUUAUGAACCAAACCCAUACCCCAAAAUCACAGAUACUUACAAGAAUGACACCUUGUACUGGAGGCAGCUAUCGAUCGUGCCUACCUCCCAGCCCUGUGUCGAGCCCGAGGAUUUUCUCUACUAUGACAACAUGAAACCGAGCCGGCUGGACCAGUACAUCGUGUGGCAGAAUGCCAUCAGCCUCAGCAAGCCCAGUAUUCUGCCAGAGCUGGCGGAUCAAAAACCGCCCUUUUCCCCCAGCCACCCUUUCAUCAACGAGCCACAGAUUCCUGAGUCGGGGAGCCAGGAUGACCAAGAUCCCUUCCUGAAAUGGAUUCCCAAUGCUGGGGUGCCUCGGCCACAGACCUGCCUCGUGGAACUCCAAGACUCUUUCUCCAAGACAGAUGCACAAAGACGUUUCCAUGAAUCAGUCGUAGAAGACCAUAAAGACCUUCGGGAUAAUGAACACUUAGGAAUGAGACACAAUUUCUAUAACUAUAAUGCCUAUUAUUUCUUUAAUUGAUAUAUUUCUUCAUCCCAUGGAAACCUAGCA